AUGGUGAAUGAAAUUAAGAAAACUGAGGAAAAUGUCAUCAGUACAUUAGGCGACAUUAAACAAAAAGUUACGGACAUGUUUGCAGACAUUAAGGGGAACAUAACAGACGAAAUGUUAAAGAGAUGUGACGAGAUAGAAAGGAGAGAACAAGUGUACUUUGAUAUUAUUUUUACAGGAUCAUUCAAGAAAUUAUUUGAGCAGACAAGAACAAAUCUCACGAGUGACCUGGAAGCAAAAAGCGAAGAACUUACUCAACUUCAAGGAAAUCUUGAACGACCUCCGAUAGCUUUCCAUGCACAUCACGUGGCAAACUUGAUUCUUGAUAAAACAGACGAGAUUGUUAUAUUUACGAAAAGUGUGAUUAACGAGGGAACAGGUUACGACAAUUCUACUGGGAUAUUUACAGUACCUGUUGGAGGACUGUACCAGUUUUCUGUGCAUAUAUGUGUUUGUAAAGGAAAGUAUGCUUACAUUGGCCUAGUGUUAGAAGGUAAAGUUAUUGCAGCUGAUAUGAACCAUGAUAAGGAUCAAUACACAUGUAGUGCUUUUGGAGCAAUAGUGAGAGUAAAAUCAGGAGAAAAAGUUUGGGUCAAAUCAACAUGGUCAAGUUCUAACCGCCAACUAGAUCAAGACUCAUAUAGGAUGAACACAUUUAGUGGAAUACUUGUCAAUAACUGAAGGAAAAUAAAUCAUUCAACUUUUGUAUAUGACAUUUUAUAUCUGAUUUGUUUACAAAUAUUCACACAAUAAUAAUCGAUUAUCGAAGACUAUUGUUAUAACCAAUCUUAAAAAGAAUAUCAUCUGAUGAAUGUUAUGCAUUAUUAUAUGAUGGAUACUCAUAAAUAUCAAUAUUAUUAACUUAAUCCUUACUUUAAAACACUGUGCCUCAGCUGAUAAUUUACUGCAA